AUGCAUCAGUCAGACAGUGGCCGGACAAUAGCCUGGCUCGGCCCGACGCCCAGCCCCGUGCUGCUGCCGCAGGCAGCGCUCCAUCGCGCGCGGCCAUCGUCGCGCUCCCCGCGCUGGCGCUGCUCAUAUCGCCGCACGUGCUCGCUGCUCCGGCUCCGCCGCAGCUGCCUGCUGCUUCGCUCGCCUCCACACCAGUGCCGGCCCUGCUCCUCCGCCUCCCGCGCGCUACUCUACCGGGCUCCGGAGCCGCUGGCCGGGUCGCGCGUCCUGCGCCGGCUCCGCCUCGGGCUCACGUCGUCGUCCUGGCGCCGGCGUCCUCCGCCCCCCGUGUCGUCCGGCCUUCCGCCGCUGCGCCGCCUCGUGACGCCCGGCCGACUCCUCCAGCCACCGCCUCGACUCGGUCGCGCCCAACUCGUCCGCCCCGACACGCCUGGCCUCCUCUCCGUCUCGCGCCGCGCCGGCCGACGCCCCGGCCGCCUGCUCUGCCUCGCGCCGCGCCGGCUGCCUGGCCUCCUCUCCGCCUCGCUCCGUGCCGGUUGUGCCGCCCCCGGCGCCGGCUCCGCCAAGCCUCGUCCGGCUCCUGCGCAUCACCACGCCCGCGGGCCGCGCUCCUGGCUGCCUGCAACGCCGUCGCCGCCUAGCGCCUCCCUGCGUCGCGCGGGGCUACCUGCUUGCGUCGCGCGCCUCCUCAGCAUCGCCCUGGCUGCUGCCGGCCGCAUCCGCCUCGCCUCUGCCGGCAUCCACCCGCGCCCCGAGCUCGGCCUCCCGUCGCCGGCGCCGCUUGGCCCCGCUUCCGUCCUCUCCGCACCGGCUCCUCCCCGCCAGGUGCUCCGCGCCGGUCCUCUGCGCCGGCUCCGGCUUCCCGAAACCCGGCCGGCCAGCUCUCGCACGACGGCUUCCCCCGCAUCCUGGACUCCUCCGUCUGCGUCAAGGCCGACUCCCGCGCACCUGUGCAUCACACCGAAGACCGCGCGCGCCUCUCCAUCGCCGCGUCUGAGGCCCCCGUUUGCUCCGCGCCUGACCGCUCCUCCACCGCCUGUCACCGGCUGCUGCGCGCACGCCGGCGGCACCCGGCCGCCCCGCUCCGGGCCGCCUUCGUCUCAUCGCGCUGUGACCCAGCGCCCGGCCUCGCGCGCCCCUGCGCCGGCUCCCCUACCGCGCCUCUGGCCGGCUGCGUCGCGCGCCACUGCCGCCGGCUCUCGCGUCAAGCGCCACGGCCGACUGCGCCCCGCGCGCCCCCGCCGGGUCCCGCUCGAACCGCCUGCCAUGGCCGACACCUGA